CUCCGCAUUUCACCCUCCCUUGAACAAUCCACCACCGACAUUCCUUCGCCUGCUGACCUCAAUGCGCUUACAGUCUGCAGCGCGCUCUCGCCGCCGCCGCUCCCGCUCGAUUGCCCAGCUGUCUAAUCCAGAGUGAAGAGUGAGCCUUGCCAAUCACAACGCAGCUGCCGUCAUCAUCAUGUAUCGCCGCGGGGACCCACGCUGGAACCGCACAAUCCAGCACAUAGCGGACAACAUCGAGCAUGCCAACGAAUCGACGCAAGAGCACCUCUGGACCUUCACUCAGGAAUACAUAAACCCGUGUCUGUCGUCCACCACACAAUGCGUCAACACUUGCAUGGCACCCUGUGUCGCCUCGCGGGACGACCGGCGCCGCAACCGGGCGCGGUCUCGAGGCCGGGCGGAAAUGAGCUUCGAUUUCUACGACGAUUGGGAAGAGGAUGAGAAUGAUGGGUUGCUUGGGUGGGGGAACGAGAGCUUUGACCGGUUCAUUGGAGGGGGAGGAGGGUCGAGUAAUUACGGGUCUGUGGUGUCGCAGCCGGGAAGGCAGAGGGCAAUGAGUUACGGGACGAGGAAUCGCGAUGGGAGGUUCGGGAAUGUGGUGGCGGGGAGAAGAAAGAGCGCGGUGCAGCCGCAUGAUGGCGGUCCGGAUCCGACGAUUAUACCAAGUUCGUCGUACUUUGGGUUUCUGGGGAGAUUGCCGUUCCGGAUUGGAAGUAAGGGAUUGCGGUAUAAGCCCUCUGCGGCGGAUUUGGUGGAGCAUCCUGGGCAGGGGAGGAGGAGUUUGGACCAUGAAGAGCGGCAAAGGAGUCAUACGAAUGCUUCCGGGCAUACCACGGACUCGCUCAGUUCGCGGGGGGAUAUUUUCCCGAGCGAGGACGAGAUUGAUGAUGCGGUGCCGUUGGAUGACGAGUUUGCGUUUGCAUUGGAGCGCCGUACGACGGGGCAGGGGAACGAUGAUGCGAGCAGUGGAAAGUCGCGCCCUUCUGACAAGAAUAAGAGGCACUCGGAUUCUCACCUCUCAAUACGAUCGGCUUCAUCGGUUCGGUUAGACUCGCACGGGCGGAGAAGCACGGAGAACCUUCCGGCCAUGUCUGCUAUGGACAUAGAUGCACCCACUCUAUCCGAUCUCAAGGAGGAAGAAGAGCGACUGCGUCUAGAAGAAGAACGCGAAAUCGAACGCAAGCGGCAAUCUGCAAAGCAACUCGCUCUCCAGCGCGGUCUAGCCUCUGAAACUGCAGAGGAACCCGCUUCCUCAUCCGCCCCAAUGCCCAACGUCGUCAUCCCCCGCCCCACAUCGUCUACCAGAAUCAUCAGUGAGCCUCCGGAACCCAUCUCCGUCCAUCCAUCACAUCAGGAGUCGAACGAAACACUUCCCAUCUCUUCUCCUGCCAUCCCCUUCCCAACCUUCGAAGAGCCGCCUCAGACGGCACCAGAGAGCAGUUCCUUCCACGUCGACGACAGCGACUUCUCCAGCUUUGCGCCUACGCCGAACAGACCGCUGAGUAUCAGGGAGGUGCAGCUGCACCGAGACGAACCAGUUCAGACGCAGGGCCAAGGCAUGGCUAAGGGGACUGAUGAGCAGCACGAGUUCGUGCCUGCGAGGUUGCCUUUCUUUGGGAGCGAGCCUGGUUGAAGAGUGUGGGGAAGUGGAGCUUUUUGGGCUUAUGGUUGAUUGUACUACUUUCAGUGGAUUGAAGAGUCCUGUGCGGGUUUUGAUAUUGCGCCUGCUGUAUGCCGCACCGUCGAGCUUUAGCGCCGAGGGCGUCGCUGGCAGACAAAGAAGGCGUUGGGAUGGAAGAGUUGCUCCGGGAGGGUGGGAGGGGG